AUGCCAGGUGUGGAAAUUCAUGACAGUGCAAAACGUGCUUUGGCAAGUAAAUUUUCCAAAUUUCCUGCUCACCAACUGGGCGAUUCCGCGCUCAAAGACGUGGUUAGCAUUCUUCCAGACGCUAUUACAGAUGCUACGACACGAGAGAUUGUGGCCAUGCACGUGAAACACCACAUUCGCCAAGAGCUGCAGCACGCGCCCGCUGGUUCAGCGACGGCGUUGCCGACACCCUCUUCCGAACGCAAGUUCGAUAUUCCCAAGGUCGCGGAUAAAGACUUCAAGGAAGGCAAGCUGUUGAACGUUUCAGACUUCGCCCCUUUGCUGGCGAAGAACACGGAGGCAGACAAGCCGAUAUUCCUUCGGAAGCACCUUCUGGAAGUGCAUGAUGUAUCAGUGGCUACGUUGAAAGACAAUGGGGACAAAAAGAAGUUGGUUUCACUUGUCGGUUGUCCUGGAACAGGCAAGACGUGGUGCGGGUGGCUGGUGGCGAGCACCCUCCAGUGCAAGCACAAUGUGCAAACACUGCACCUGACCAUCAGAGGCACUGAUGUCAUUGCCAUUUGGGCAUUAGAUGGGCGUUACCGGAAGAUCACCUACGAGAAGGUUGAUGUUUGGACGUCCGUCAUGUUGGGACAGGUCCUCAAUGACAGCAAGUGCCAAGUCUGCAUCAUUGACGUUGGCAACCUCUUACCCCACAAAGUUAAGGAGGUUUUCAUCGGAGUGCAUAGCAUUCUUGAGAAAGAUUCCAACUUCAUCAAGUUCAUGGGCUUGGUCUCUGGGCAUGGCGAAGAGGACAUCACUGGCAAACAGUCCAACAUCCUACGCAUCACUCAUACGCUGGUGUUUUGGAGCUGGUCUGAGCAGGAAUUCCAAGACUACUGCAGUGCGACGCAGGGGACGUCACAUGAACUGAAGGCGGACGUCUACAAAACCUGCGGCGGUUCCGUUCGCAACUGCUUCUGCCCGGAGGAUGACAUCAAGGAGAUUGACAGAGCGGUGGGUAAAUUGGACCAAGGCGAAAAGGAGACCUUCCUCAUCGUUUACACUCGCUCCUCUACCGAUGAGCACAGCAAGCAAAGGUCAAGUUUACUUGCAUUCUUUCUCAAGGAUCCACAGCACGACUUCACGUCUGGCAUGGUCAAUGUGAAGCAAGUCCCGAGGUCUGACUAUGUCAUUCAGUGCAUCAGAGCCGAAGCCCAAGGCAGUCCGAAGCUUGUGAGGGAGAUGUAUGGCAUACUGUCUCCUUACAAUCCGGGUGCUGCGGGAACUGCUUUUGAGAUGCUGGUUCACUUGUUUUGGAAGCAUGUCGUUGACACCAAGCUCGACGUGGUCCUGACACUGGAUUGGAGGCAGGGUGAUAAGCCAACAGAGAGCGUCGAAGUCAAGGGUGGCGAGUUGCAAGGCUAUAGCUCGCAAACAAUCGAGGAAUAUGACAACGAAGCGAAGAUUGCAGUUGAUGGCUUGACAGGGUAUUUUACCCCGAAAGACUUCAAGUAUCCAGUGUUGGACAGCAUCCUCCGAUACAAGCAUGGAGAAACGGUCGUGGUUCUCGCAAUCCAGAUCAGUAUAGCCAAGACGCAUCAGCAUGGAAAGCCAGUUCAGAACACGUUGCUUCAAAAGAAAGCAGUGGGGAAACCCAAGCCGAAGUUGGCACUCUGGGAUUUCAAAGCCUGGGACAGACAGUGCGCGUGGACACCGCCCACCUCGGACCAUUGGGAUUUGAUGUAUGUGGAAUGCGAGGCGUUUACACGAUGGCUUGAGCAAAUCUCAUGA